CGUUUGGUUAAGAUUGACCUGCCUGGGCCGCCGUCGCAGUGAAAAACAUUGACAAGCAGCUGUUCCUUCAGUAUUAGUUUACAGAGCUCACGUGUAAGAUUUUACAUCGUUUAGUGUAACCGAGUGUUGCAUAAAAGACUCAUUUGUGUCACUAAUAAAAAUAAUGGAGCCUGCUAUACAAAUAAAACCCGGGGCGACUAAAUGGGACAUUCGUCAGAAAGUCUGGGACUACAUUGAAGAAAAUAAUCUGGCCAAUUUCCCAAGACCUGUUCACAACAGAAUCCCAAAUUUCAAGGGUGCUUUCACAGCCUGCAACAAGGUGUCUGAGCUGCAGGUUUUCACCAAGACAAGUGAGGUGAAGGUGGAUCCUGAUAAAACUCUGGAAGGUGUCCGGAUGGCAGUGCUACAGGUAGCGCUGCACUGGGGGUUAAAUAUGUCUCGUGUUCAUUUUGGUGGAUUAGCCCCAAAGUUUAACUUUUUUUUUUCUUCCUGUCCUCUGAACCUCUUCCUCCAGGGUGUGAAGGACUUUAGUGUGCCUGUUGGCCUGGAUGCAAAGGUGAAGGUGGACUUGGUGGUGGUUGGCUCUGUAGCAGUGUCAGAGAAAGGAAUUCGGAUUGGAAAAGGAGAGGGUUUUGCUGACUUGGAGUACGGCAUGAUGGUCUCAAUGGGAGCUGUGAAUGAGUUUACCGUCGUGGUCACUGUUGUCCACGACUGUCAGGUUGUGGAAAUUCCAGAUGAGUUAAGAGAAAGUCACGACCUGACUGUGGACUACAUCCUCACACCCACCAGAGUGAUUAAAACCAACUGCCAGUUCCCUAAGCCACUGGGAAUCAUCUGGACUAAGUUGAACACAGAAAAGCUGCUGAAGAUCCCCAUCCUAAAGAAGCUUAUUGCUCUUGAGGAAAAGGCCGGAAAGGAUGUUACACUGGGGGCCCUGCCUGCUUCACCAGAGCCAGGUCCGCGCACGAUUAGACCCACAAGACAAACUAGACAGAGGCCAAGACAGGAUGCUGAGGGAGAUUUCAGGCAGGAGAGAGCAGUGGACUCAGAACAGAAAGCCAGACAGCGUCCAGCUCGAGUGAGGAAAGAAAGCAGAGGAGAUGCAGGUAAAGAGGGUGAAACCAAUGAGAGAAGAAGGGGUAAAAGUGGGGGGAACUUUAGGGAGAAGGUCUCAGAGGAGGGUGGAAGUGAAGCGUUAUCUCAACGUAAGCUUCCUGUGAGUGUGACCACAGUUUACCUCGGGGGAAUCCCUGCUGGGCUGCGUGUCAGUGAGCUGAAAACGGCCCUCAGAGAGAGGGAGGCAACACCACUGAGGCUCACCUGGCAGGGAGCUCAGCACAGGGCCUUCCUAGACUACACUGACCCCCAGGCUGCUGAGCAGGCCCUAGAGGCUCUGCAGGGUCUCAGUCUGAACGGCAGCAGUCUGCAGGCUGAGCUGGCCAAGAGCCAGCGGGGAGGCAAGAGGUCCGGACAGGACAGGAACCGGAGACCAAGACCAACAGCUCCGAAAUCCCAACCAGCACAGCCGGAUACUGAGAGUGCCGUCGAUGUGGUGACUGAGCCAUAGAAGUGAAGAAAAGUUAUGUACCUUAAGAAAACUUUGGUUUGCUUUAAAGAAUAAAAAAGAAAUCUGGAUUUAAUACAAGUUCAGGUCAGUUACAUGGACUUAGAUAAUAAGGUUAAUGAGCUCGAAAAAAAGAAUAAAUAAUAAAUAUGCAGUUUCUGAAUCCCAGCAUCGUAACACAUUUCACAAAGUAUUUUUUUUUAUUAUUUAACAAUGAUUAACCAAACACCUCUGUGCCUUGUUUUUUUCGACACACCUCCUGGUGAGUGUAUCCCAGGAGCCCUUCAAAACCAAGGACUGUAUCCACUGUCUUUAGUGAAAAUACAAGGAUUGACUCUAUUCUAUUUUUACAACCAGUGUUAGCUUCUUCUAUAAGGUCAUGUUUUUAUGUUUUUCUACUUGAACCACGGCCAUGGGCAAAAGAGGGACCCAUUAGUUAGGAAGCUGAUAGCGCUACCAUGUGGUUAUUUCUAUUUUUCAUUGGAAAAUUUAGAUUCCUGACCACUGGAUGUUAUCAGUAAAGUAAGAAAUUCAUGAUCUUACAUUUCUAAAUCCAUAUAGGCCAAACCAACAUUGACCACAGAUUUUCCACCAAUUCCCUACCAUUCUUCACUCCUUGACAAAUUGAUCUAUCCAAUUUGCCAUAAACCUUGCACAGCGCAAAGCACUCCUGAGUCCUUUACAUUGUGCACAUUGCAGACACUAAAACAUCUAAAUGUAUUUCAUUUCUAAAUAACUAAGAGUUUUGUGUGCAGCCUCACUAGAGCUGUUAUUUUUUAUUGUAUUUGCAUACUGUACUUUUUAAUUGGCUUGGGUUUUUUCCUGAAAAUUUCAAAAUAGAUGCUGGGAUUUUAAACAUUUAUAUUUGUACCUCCUUUUUAACAAAAUACAUUUAUGCAUUUUGUCUAGUUAGGUCAGUUUUCAUUUCAAGUUAGCCUCAUCGUUGAACAGAUAGGAUGCACUAACAUGUCUGAAUAGACUAUUAGAGUGUAAAUACAGUCUGUAAGAGAUUACAAUGUUCUCUAUUAAAACUUUGAAUUCAAGAAUGA